AUGACAAAUGAGGUAAUCUGGGUUGCAAAAGCUACGGCCACUUCACUAGUUGCUAAUGGGGGAGGGUCAGGUAAAGGAGAGCGUUCCACUGAAGGAGGUCACUGUCCAAAAGCUUGCUCACAGGCAAGAGGUGAUGAGACUCCUAAGUCAAAUGAAGGGGAUCCAGUUCCAGUAGCUGGCUCGACUGUUGGAGAAAAGGAGGCUUUAGUGGUGCAAGUGAGUGGCUCACCUGUCGAAAGGCAUACUGAAGGAUCUGAUCUAAAGGGUUCAUGCUCUGAAAUUUGUCAUGGAGCUGGCUCACAGGCUAGCAGGAAGGUAGUUACUCAUGUUGGUACUCCCAUAAGUUCUUAUUCUGGGUCUGGUAAGCUGAUUGAUGAGGAUGGAUUCCAGCUGGUUACAAGGAAGGGGAAAGGCAUUAUGUUUGGCACUGCUCUUAAGAUUCCCGCUUCUUCCGUUCAGGCAAGAGUUCCCCUUAAUGCUCAAGGUCAAGCUCUGGUUGACAGGGGCCCUCCUAAAAAGGGGAGGGGCAGAAAGCAUAAAUGA